UCACUGAACAUGUUCGGAUCAGCAUUUCUCACACGGAUGCGUGGCGCCACUCUUCCAGCUAAACUGCUGGAACACAUCACGUUAAUGGACACGCCGGGCAUUCUGUCCGGUCAAAAGCAGCGCAGUUCGCGUGGCUACGACUUCGCUUCCGUUGUCAAUUAUAUUGCCUGCAAGGUCGAUAUGAUUGUACUACUAUUUGACACAUCCAAACUGGACAUCAGCGAUGAAUAUAAACAAGUGAUCCAGUGUUUGAAGGGUAACGAAGAAAAGGUGGGCUUUCAGUACGUAAUUGAACAAGAAUGUGAAAAAACUUUGGCGGGAAUUGCAUUACUGAAAUACAAAUAUAAAGAAAUGUAA